UUGCCACCGUCAUGUGUCUCACAAUUGGACUCUCAAGAUGCCGUCCGUGAUGCAGCAGCACACCCCUGUAUACCACCCAGAAGACACGACCGACUGGAACACCAAGUCCCCCGCGCCAGCACUUCUCGAAGCGCGGCCGCCGUCAUGGAUCGACCGACUUCGCAAAGUGACCCUUCAGGCAAGACGGCGGAUGGGACUGCAGGCCCUGGCGCUGAUAUUCCUCAUCAUUGGCAUGGCGCUGCUGCUUCGACGUCGACAGCAAGCUGUUGCGCCCACGACAGCACCACCUGGGAUUGAUAUCCCGAGUACUAUACCCUUGAAAGGAUAACAUCGUAGUCACGCAAUGCAGUGUAUUAAUAUCACAUAACCCAGUCGUCGUCUUUGCAA